AAGACCCUUAAUUUCUGGGUAGUACCAGAUUGUUUUAGUUGAAAGAGGCAUUGAUGGUGCAACCAACAAGUUAUCUGUACUUAUCUUUUACUAUAUAUAUUUAAGUCCUCAUUUCUUGCCUCAGUCUUACUUUCAGAAAACCAUAGCUUACGAGUAGUACAAAGCUACCAGUGAACCUUGUAAACUUCUUAGCUUGAGCGACCCAAAUGGCUUCUCUAUGUUACUCUGAAAUCCUGCUAGUAGUCUUAUGUUUUCUUUGCCUUCUCUUCUGGGGAACCCGCCGUGGGAUUCCAUGGAACUGGCCGCUACUUGGAAUGUUGCCCUCUCUUCUUCGUAAAGUCGGGCGGAUUCAUGAUAGUUGCACCGAUCUUCUAGGCCAAACCGGUGGUACUUUCCUCUUGAAAGGCCCUUGGUUUUCUAAUAUGGACAUGUUGGCUACAGCAGAUCCGGCCAACAUACACUACAUCAUGAGUGCCAACUUUUCAAAUUUUCCUAAAGGUCCUCAGUUCCUAAAGAUGUUUGAUUUUUUGGGAGAUGGGAUCUUCAAUUCAGAUGGAGAUGCGUGGCGGAACCAGAGGAGACUUGCUCAAUUGCAGAUUGGUCACCACCGUUUCCACCGGUGUUUGGUCAAGACGAGCCAGGAUAAGGUGGAGAAAGGAUUGAUCCCAAUUCUUGAGCAUGUGGCCAAAGGUGGCCAAGUUGUUGAUUUGCAAGACGUGUUCCAAAGGUUUACCUUUGAUACCACUUGCAUAUUGGUUACUGGCUAUGACCCUGGCUGCCUCUCAUCUGAACUUCUCGAUGUUCCUUUCUCGAAGGCCAUGGACGAUGCUGAGGAAACAGUAUUCACUCGCCAUGUAGUGCCCCAAAGCAUUUGGAAGUUCCAAAGGUGGCUAGGAAUAGGACAAGAGAAGAAAUUGAGCAAGGCUUGCAAGACUCUAGACCAUGUCAUAGCUAAAUACAUCGCAAUGAAGAAAGAUGAACUCAGCAAUGGUAUAGAUUUGAAAGAACAGGAAGAAGGUGUCGAUCUACUAACAUCAUAUCUACAAGAAGACGAGAUGAUGGGAGGAUUGAAAAGCAACGAUAAGUUCUUACGAGACACCGUUCUUAAUUUUAUGAUUGCGGGGCGAGACACCACUAGUUCAGCUCUCACAUGGUUUGUCUGGCUAGUUUCAACGCACCCAGACGUUGAAGCAAAGAUCAGAGAAGAACUCAAAUCGGUUAUACCGGAAGAAGAGGAAAGCAACAAAUGGAGGCUGUUCAAGGCAGAAGAAGUGGGCAAGCUAGUUUAUUUGCACAGUGCACUUUGUGAGUCUUUAAGGCUCUAUCCACCGGUUCCGUUCCAGCACAAAGAGCCUCUUCAACCAGAUAUCCUUCCUAGCGGCCACCCUGUUCAUCCGAAGAUGAAGGUAAUGUUCUCCCUUUAUGCAAUGGGGAGGAUGAAGUUUAUAUGGGGAGAGGACUGCUUGGAGUUCAGGCCAGAAAGAUGGAUUUCUGAUCGGGGAACGAUCAAGCACGAGCCAGCAUACAAGUUCUUGGCAUUCAAUGCAGGGCCGAGGACUUGCCUGGGAAAGGAAGUGGCUUUCACUCAGAUGAAGGUGGUAGCCGCGGCUAUAAUCCACAACUACCAUGUUCAAUUGGUGGAAAGGCACGUUGUGGCUCCUAAUGUUUCUAUAAUCCUCUAUAUGAAGCAUGGGUUAAGGGUCAGGGUUACCGAAAGGUGGUCUUAGGGUGUGAGUGCGGGUACCACGGCUCGGACCCUUGACAUGGCAAAUGACACCACAACAGUGCCACCACAAGGGAAACCAAAGCUUUGGUCAAAAGGUGGUCUUAAGUACAGUACUACUAGGGUGUUUUAUCUGUGUCUCUCUGUUUUUUUUCCCCCUUCAGAAUGUUUGAGAAUUUAAUAAAUGAUCCCUUAUUUUC